AUGCCUUCACCAACCGACAACACAUUUGAAGGAUAUAUGUUUUACCGAGCGGACUCUUUGUUGCGUAGCAAGCCAGACUGGCGUUUUGUGGAGAGAAUUCCACUACAGAUUAAACAGCGAAAGCUCGGCAAGAUGGUUUAUGACCGGGCAGCGCUCUGUUCUCCUGUGAAACAACAACAAGAUUUGAACGGCGACCGGCUUCGCCAUAUCAACCAACUUGUCGCAGACCGGCGUGAGGUUUUUCCGGGGCUCUAUUGGACAGUGGCAUACCUCGAAGAGAGUGUAUGCGCUCAUGGAAGACGAGAGGUGAUGGCACCUGACUACCAGCAAGAACAUGACAUAGUCUCUAUGGUGGUUAUCCUCUUGGCAAGGCCGCAGCAAGAGGGAAAAUAUGCCAAAGGGCUUAUAGGAGACUUGGUAGACAUCGUCCGUGUUGGUAACGACAGCGGACACAGCAUUGGCCAUUCCAGCGCUUCCAGCGUCGUUAGUGAAUUUGGCGGAACGCAAGAUACCCACUGCGUCUCAACGUGGCUUGGAGACCCGAAAUCGGAAAGAUCUGACCCAGGCGAGCUCUCUUUAACCGAGAGUGAAAAAAAUAUUGUCAACAACAAGCGAUCUCAAAAUCCUACGGCCGGAUCACCACAUCCUAAGAGGAUUUGCCAAAGCGCCAGUCCUCGUUGGAGCAAUGAGCGAGACCAGGGGGUAGACCGAUUCAAACGACGACCUCCGGUUUGA